AUGGACAGGCGGCACAAUACCACCAAUGACGCAUCAACGGCAAAGUACUCUCACAUUAUCAGCUCGGACGACCAGGGGCAGUUCCGCCAUUCCAACGAGAAGGGAGGCCUUACCAUGGUUCAUGCCCGGCUGUCGGAAGAGACCGACUCCACGCUACUGGACCAGGUUGACCUGAGCGAAGACGACGACGAUCUGCGCGAAAGCGGCGGUCCUCACGGCAAUGGCAGCAGACGGCGGCGUGUGAGGCUCGGCCCGGUGUGGCUGUGGGCCUUGCACACCGGUUUGUUCCUUAUGUCGCUGAUGUUCUUCGUCUUGGGUGCGACCAUGGGGCCGUCGACUAGGACGUUUGUGCAACAGUUCUCCGCAUAUUCUCCUGCGCUGAGCGCAAUUGAAUACGAGACGGUGACAUUCAACAAUAGCAAAGGCGCCAAAACCGCCUACGUGGGCGCAGGGCCAGAGGCCGACAAGGCCUGGGAGCAUGUAACUAUGCACAUGGGUGACCAGAUGGUCGAUGAAACCGACAUGGCGGAACUUGGCAAGCCUCACGACCGGCUGCGCGUGACGGACGCGGCAACAGGUGCGAGCGGCUGGCGCAUGGAGCUGGCCGUCGUGCACCAGCUGCAUUGCUUGAACUUGAUCCGCAAGGUCGUGCACAGGGACCACUACGAGUCGCUGGACCACGGCGACCUCGCCGUAUCAGAAGAGAAGUUGGCCGGUCAUCUGGAGGCCCUCCGCAUGAAGAUCAUGUGCGAAGCCGAUGUCGGCGUGAUAUUGUACCAGGAGCAGCCGGGCGAUGAUGGAAAGUUCGAGCCGGAUUAUGAAACACAACACGUGUGCAGGAACUGGGACAAGGUCCGUGAAUGGGCCGUCUCGAACAAGGUUGCAGAUAAGGCAACAUUCUAG